CAGACGUAAACCGGCUUUAAAAUAAUGUACACAAUCAGCUCCCAGUUGUGCUCAAAUGCGACCAACAAAAACCACUGAUGGACAACUAUUUGGUAUUUGGUCUGAGGAUCAUGAGGACACGGUCUUGGAGGACCCAAAAAAGCAUAGUCUAUACUUGUGUAUGAUCCGCUGCUUAUAUGAAAGAAACAUAACCCACAGUUGGGAUCUGAAAUGUAUGUUCAUUUGAAUCUGUUAGUCCAUCUUUCCUGUUGCUGCUGACAUUAAUUGAAAUGCAGUUAAACACCUACGAAGUUGUUUUAAAUGACUAUAACUGAGUGAGGGCCAAGUGAGUGAAGUAGAGAAGAUCUUGGGGCCGCUCAAAUCAGCAGCAUAGAACGGCAGAGCCACCUCAGCAGCAAGCUUAGUUCCUUUGUUUACAUUAUGGCAGAAGCAAGACUUCGUUGUGAGGAGUCCAAGAAGAGACAGUGUGAAACUACAUAGCAAGAUCCUGGACACGAGUCAAUAUAGGAGUUGCAUUUACAGCCUGGUGGGAACUGAGAGCUUCUGAUCCUGAAGUGGCGAUGUUUCUACUCGACUUGUGGGUGAUGGGACAGUUUCGGUGUUUCUGUCUCUCAUAAUGGAUGGAAAUUCUUGCUGGUGGGCCCAGGGGACACAUUGCUGCGGUGUGGAGGAUUUAGACCUGCUUUGAUCAGAGGAGCUGGAGCGGGGCAAGGUCUCUUCACUACUUCGGCCCUGUGCACCAGUACACUGUGAAUACUCAUUCCACUGCGGCACUGUUAAGUCGAUUGUGUGAGAGAUCUGCCACAGUAUAGCAUGGAGCCAAGAUUCCUACAGACUCAAGUUCAGCUCUAGAUUGGUAUCCAAACUGAUGUGCAUCACAAGAACUGAUUUCAGGGAGUGAUCACUAAAUUUGACCCACAAAACACUGACUUUAGUAGCUGAUUCAGAGAUGAUGGUCACCAUGAACAUCUAAAUUUUUAGGCUUUCCCUCCAACUAUAUAUUGUGUCUUCAUGUUUUGGGGCUUCCCCAGUACCCCCGCCCUCUGUCACCCUCCCCACACCCACUGCCAUCACGGCCGGCCACCCCAGCCGCCUUGUUGCCAUGCCGACAGAGACACUGGCUCAAGCCCUCCCAGAUAGCAAGGGUGCAGGACCUACAACACCAUUCAGUUCAACUGUGCCCCUCCGCAUCCUAAAUAAGGGCCCUGAAUACUUCAGAAGGCAGGUGGAACCAAACCCAAAGCGACUUAGUGCUGUGGAACGUUUGGAAGCUGACAAGGCAAAGUAUGUCAAGAGCCAAGAGGUGAUCAAUGCAAAACAGGAACCAAUCAAACCCCCCAUUCUUGCCAAGCCACCCAUAGGCCACACCCUUUUGUCAAAGAGAGGUUCUGGGGUUGGAGGAGUCGCACCAUUCAAAUCAUCCAACAACAAUGCGAAACUAGAAACGAGUGGCACAGUAAAACGAGAGAAUUUGAACCUGGAAAUCCUUAAAAACCUGCUGAACUCAUCCUCCUCUUCGGGCGGCGCAUCUGAAAGCCGAAGUGGAGGAGCAAAGAGUGCUGUGAUGGUGAGGACUUCUGGAGGAUUGGCCCGCAGCUGGACUCCAUCUGGGAUUCCAUUGACGUACCGAUCCACAAUGAUGCUCAAUGAACAGCCAUUGGACUCUGCACCAAGUUCCAGCACCUCACACUCCCUGCGAUCCUUUGCUCAUUCUCUGAAGAUGCCACCAGCUAAUACUGGGGAACGACGGAGUCCUCAGUUGGGAGGAAACCUCAACCUCAGUAAACGGGGUCUGGAUGAGAGAGGAAGGAUGGGAGGGGUCAUGGAACGCUCCCGAUCCCCACUGCCUCCUCUGCUCACCUCCCACUCCUCUUCUGAUCUUCUGAGACUAUGCAAUGGCAAACCACUGCGCACUGCUCGAUCAAGUAGUUCCUCUGCUCCACCACUUCCUCCAAAACCGAAUCCUGCCUCUCUUCCGCCCCCUGCGCUAUCGCUGGCCUCCAGUCGACCAAAUAUUUUUUCCUCUCCCUGUGACAACAUGACUACCCAGUCCCUGCCUUGUGAUGUUGACGACAGUCCCAAGCCAACUGAUUCCACUGUCGAGUUGGAUCCUGGUUCAUCUGUGGCUCGUCGCUCCUCACUGCACCGCUCUAAGUCAGACCUAGCAGAUCGGUACGCCAGAGCCGGAGCAGAUGUGGAACGGUUUUUCAACUAUUGUGGCCUGGACCCUGAAGAGCUUGAAGAAGUUGGUCCCGAGAACUUCGCCAGAGCCAAUUCAGACAUUGUUAGCCUGAAUUUCCGUUCUGCUUCCAUGAUCUCCUCGGACUGUGACCACUCCAGGAGAUCCUCCAAUGAUGGGCUGUCUGAUGGAGAUGAGGCUGAGGAUGAGGAGGAGGAAGCUGGAGAGCGGGUUCCCUAUGGGAUCUCUGCUGUGGAACGUAAUGCAAGAGUCAUAAAGUGGCUGUACAGUAUCAAGCAGGCUAGGGAGACACAGAAAGUCUCACAUGUCUAAAGGAAUUUCAGCAUUUGGAGUGAGGGCUUUUCAAAUCGACGCAGGCUGAAUUGGACAUUCUUCAUGCAAAUACUGCAACACUUUUACCUGUCAUCGCUCUCUGAGGCGACAUCUAGCCUCAUAUCAGCCUGAUCUGGCUACUCCUUCAUUUGGAAGCUGUAGUUGGCACAAGAUGAAAAUAAUAGAGUCCUAAUCCAAUUCCCUGCUUUCAAUGUGAAGUAGAAGUAGCUCUGUGUAUUUUGGCUCCUCCACUUGUCUUGGCUCCAGUUUCCCCAGCGGUGGCCACUCAUACUGUCCACUUUUAUGACCUUCUCGACUGACAAAACAGCACUUUAAAUCAUUAGCACACUAUAGGCACUUGUGACCACGUGACUGGCUAAACGCUUGUAAGAUGGCUGGGUCAGGAAGGGUUUUUCGUGGUGUGCCCUUUCAUAAGAACUUGUACACAAAGUGCUGCCUUGUGGUCAUCUUUGCCUGAACCAGUAGAAGUAAGCCUGAGCCCAGGCUGAGACAUGAUUCACCUUUCAGGAUCACAGGGUCGAGCGAGUCAUUGGUGAGCCAAGUGGUUAUUAUUAACAGCCAGUAUUGUUCUCUCGUUGCCUCUUUCACAACAUGGACAUCCUCUUGCUCUGCCACUUCUCAAGCUUUUCUCUGUUUUACAGCACUCUGACUCUUGAUUUUAGGCUGUGUCUAAGAAGCAUUUGUCAGAUGCUUCGCCAGUGCUGACACAUUACAGUUGUUCUUUAUUUGCCGUAAUUAAUACGUGUAUUUGCUGCAGAGGUGGAAUGCCAAAUCCACUGAAAAGAGUAGGCAGUUUUUAUUGCAAAAAGACCCGGUCUUGCCAGAUUUAUGGUUUAAGAGACUGUAAUGGUUACUAUUGAGAGCAGGGGUGCCCAUCUAUUCUCAGUGCAUUGCAUGACAUUACGGCCAUCCGUUCUUUAAAGAACACUGUUCAUACUGAUUCAAGUGUCUUUUAAAAUACUAAAGGAGCCCUAUCAGUCACAUCAGUAUAUGUCUCGGCACAAAAUUGGAUUGGAAAUAUUUACAUUGGAAAGUGAGCAUCGGCCCCCUCCAUUAAAAAAUUUAAUUCUUUAAUAGAAAUGAAUGGAAAUGAAAUCAGGUUCUCCAUGUUCAUGCCCACUGUGUCUGCACACUUGCUAGUCCAAACCACUCGCUGCUGGGCUUUCUCCACCAUUGUGUUUGAUAUGAACAUAGCAGAGCACAAACCACUAUAUUGAACAACACCCAUGCACUCACUUGAUUGACAUGCAAAACAUCCCAGUCAGACAAAACUCAGGUCAAUGGUGAGACCGUGGAAUUUGUAGUACUCCCAAACAUUUGAAUAUGUUAUGAACAAUGGACACUGAACUAUGGCCAUAUUAUUUGAACAACACAAGUGCUGUGUAGGCUGGGGUUUCCUCUGUCUGGGAAGACACUACAGGUCAACUGUUUCAUUCAUGUAUUUGUUAAGUGGCUGUAUAAAUGUAUAUAAAAUAAGUGAGGUCAGGUUUUCAAUCAAAUGCAUUACAUUUCUUUGCAGUAUAUUACGUUGCUUCCACUACAUUGCAUAUCAAUUUUCUUUUAGUGCUUAUGGCUACAUGAUGUGUAAAUGUUUUUAUUUACUUCUUCAAGAGAAAAAAAUGCUGCUGAAAAUCUACGUCAGUGAAAUAUUUACAUACCUGUAGCACACUGCAAAAGGUGCUCCUGUAGCCCGCUGAAAUUCUCGUUAUUGCUUGGGCCAUCUGCUUAGCUUUCUGACUAUCACCUUAGUCUGGGCGAGUGUUACCUGUCGUUUUCUGCAAUGAGCCCCAAGAAGUUCCCAUACUCAGUCAAGUGCUUGUUCUUUAAAAGGCGUAUUUCAUUUCUUGUGUUUUACUGUGCUUCAACUGCAAAGCAUUGUUUCAUUGUGUUGUAUGUGUUGCAGGAUGCAAACUGUACAUGACAAGCCGUAUAAAGGUUCCACAGCUGACAUGUUGCUGCUGUGCACGUGCAGUGAGUUGGUAUGGGACACUACACAACACGCAGGGCUUCUUCAGGUUUUUGUAAUCAGCAAUGGAAGGCAGUGUUCAGCGUGUACCAUCACUUACUUUUUCAUGGAUAUCGGCCGAUCACUGAUCACUGGCAGAUCAAUCAGAUUGGACUAAAAAUAAAUCCUGUCAGUUUUCGGUUUUAUUACACACCCAUUGGGAUUGUGCUACUCCAUACGCAAUUGUAGUGGUGUUGUAUCAAGAGGAAUUAUUUAUUCAUAUACCCCAUGUCCUAGAAAGAAAAUAAAAAUAGAUUAGGAAAAUAGAUACGUCCAAUGUGAGGAAAACAGUGGGCACCCCUGUCUGAGACUGUUCUGACUUUUGGUUUGCAACAGUAAAGCCAUGACAAAUUGACAAUUGUUGGGGCAGGAUGCUGACAACAGAAUGCUGGAUAUGUUUUAUUUAAACUGCUGUUAUUCCAGAAAUUAGAGGGUUCUUGCACUAAAACAGUGUGCAUUGAGAAUGUUCAGGAAUCAUCCUUUCAUUUUGCUGCAAUGAGCACCUGCAGAAAGUAAAGUCUCCUUUAACAAAUGAUCACCUUUCUGGACCACCUGCAUUUUCUUGAGGUCCCUCGAUGGACAUGUAUGACCUUUGAUUUGAUCUUGUAGCUUUGAUCUUUGUAGUGAUGACAUGUGUUGUCCGUCUCUGUUUCUUGCUACAGGUAUCAUGGCUUCAACUGAGCACACAAAAAUUGAUAUUAUUGUGGCUUACUGGUCAGAGCACAGCGUAGUGGAAGGUGAAGCGGCGGAUCAGAGUCAGUUGCAGUCGAUGCUGUUUACAAUGAGCUAAUAUAAAUCCAUAUAAAUCCUUCUUGUAUGUAAGACACAGUGAUUAAAAAAAGAUAAAAGUAGAGUUGAGGAGUCUUGUAGGGUCAGUGGAAGCAUUGUAGAACUUCCCUCAGUUAUGUGUGCAAUCCUCGUCAUCGCUCCUUUUUAAAGGAUGCGAGUCACAUUCCUUGACAAUCUCUGUGAAGAGUUUCAGCCAUGUUCUUAUCCAAAAGCCAAGUUAACUUAUCUUAUUAUUGAUCUCCAAAUGUAAUGAACAUCAUUCUGGCUGUCAGAGUUCCUCAUCAGUACCAAAAUACAUACAAUUCCGUUAUUGCUCUCACCUCUUAAACCAAGACGGAACACAUUUACUCAACUUACAAAUCAGUCAUCCUGAGUAAUGAAAGAGCUCGCACUCAAAAUGGGACCGUUCAGUGACACGUUACAAAGGAGUUUAUUUCAGAUGUAUCUAGGCGUUACUAACAAAUGAGCCCUCAAGGUUUGAGUCCACAGACUCAUGUGUGCAUAUUGCACACUGAAGUCCUGAUGUGGAAGUGAGUCUGACCAAAGCUGUUCCCCAGCUGCCCAGUUCAUCUUGAGAUGGAUUGAUCAUGGUGUGCUCAGUUCUGUCCCUGGUCCUGCUCUCCAUCCUUCCUCCUCCAGCCCUGUUUCUUCCAGUUACUGUGGCAACCUUCUUCUGCAUGAAUAAACCUGAUUACAAGAACCAGAGCAGUCCGGGAGGAUUUUAUUUUAGUUUUUUCAGUGUGAGUGAAUUGAUCCAUCAGUUACAUUUGUUUUAAAUUACUUCCCAGUGAUGUAGACCCAGUUGACUGCCAUACCUCCCCCUAUUGUCCUGCUGUCUGCGCAUGUUGUUGUCCUGUUCACUGUCUUGUCAGUUCUCAGUGUGGCCACACCGACUCCCUCUCCGCAGCAUUGAACAAUAAUCGUGUUCUAUCACACCCGCCGUUUGUUUUUGAUUGACAGUAUUCUUCUGUGGUACUUUCUGUGGAUUCUCAAACGUGUAAAUAAUGUAAGAACAUGUAAAUAUUGACUUUGAAAUCAUGUGCUCUGUCUGAAGGUUUGUGUUUUUACCUGACUCAGAUGAAGGAAGACAUUCAUUCGUCACUGACUCCUGAUCUCUGGAGACUGACAGUAUCUGCACUCUGCUGUUGACUGUAUUUUUGAUGUGGAAACAGUUUUGCUUGAUUAAAGAAACAAAU